ACGACUCGGUGCCUCGCAGUCUUGCCAGACGACUCGGUGCCCGCAGUCUUGCCAGACGACUCGGUGCCCGCAGUUCCGCCAGUUGACUCGAUGCCCGCUGUUCCGCCAGUUGACUCGGUGCCCACUGUCGUGCCUGGUGACUCGGUGCCCGCGUCGCUCCGCCUGGGGGCCCGAGACCUGUCGCUCCGCCUGGGGCCUGAGACCUGUCGCUCCGCCUGGGGGUCCGGCGCCCGCCGCUCCGCCUGGGGGCCCGAGACCUGUCGCUCCGCCUGGGGGUCUGGCGCCCGCCGCUCCGCCGCCUGGGGGCCCGAGACCUGCCGCUCC